AAGCAUUCAAGUUUUAGAUGUGUUUAAUGUAAUAGAACAAGGCUAUUGGCGAAAUGUAUUACCUAAAUAACGAGGCUGUGGCGGUGCCGUCAUCUGGAAACUACGCUCAAAGGGAGGUAAACUCUUCCACUCUAGAGUUAAAGACUGUAUCCAUAAAUCCAGAUGAUACCUACACUGUUCAGCAAGCAAUCAAUGCUUUCGGGUUUGGAUGGUUUCACGUCAAGUUAUCCCUCUUGGUGGGACUUUGCUGGAUGUCCGAUUCCAUGGAGAUGGCCAUCUUGAGUAUUCUUGGACCAGCAUUGUUUUGUGAGUGGAAUGUCACUAAAUUCCAGCAGGCUUCCGUCACCACCAUAGUGUUUUUGGGCAUGAUGCUUAGCUCCAGUUUUUGGACGCAACUAAGUAACAGAUAUGGUCGCAAAUCUGCCCUUACUUUGUUUGGAGUAUUGCUAGUUUUGUAUAGUAUUCUCAGCUCAGUGGCACCCAGUUAUGCCUGGCUUUUGACCCUGCGCGGCCUAGUAGGUUUUGCAAUAGGUUGUGUUCCUCAAUCUGUAACUUUAUAUGCCGAGUUUCUGCCAACCAAACACAAAGGAAAAUGUGUAGUUUUAAUGGACUGUUUCUGGGCUUUGGGAGCCUGCUUUGAGGUAGUUCUGGCCCUAGUUGUGUAUCCAUAUUAUGGUUGGCGUGGACUUUUGGGCCUUUCAGCCACGCCUUUAUUAAUGUUCACUCUACUAUCACCGUGGCUUAGCGAAUCAGCCCGUUAUUACUCCUAUAAUGGUAACCACGACAAGGCUAUCAAAGUACUGGAACAGAUUGCCCAUAAUAAUAAGCGACAUAUGCUCAUUGGUCGCUUGAUUUCUGACGAAGAACCCAGCUCUACGGAAAGUUUUCGGUCACUUCUAAGUCCAAACCUAUACAGAACCACUCUCUUAUUGUGGUUCAUAUGGCUUGCUUCGGCUUUUUGUUAUUAUGGAUUGGUUCUGGUAACCACGGAACUCCUGGUGGCCAGAAAUAAGGAGAACCAUCCUAAUGAGUGCGUUACUUUUAUGACAUCGGACUUUAUGGACUUGCUGUGGAUCACCUUAUCGGAGUUUCCGGGCAUAUUGAUAACCAUUAAGGUCAUAAAGCAGUUUGGCAAAAAGAAAACUAUAGUGCUGCAGUACUUGGUUCUAGUCUUAUGUACUUUGGUAUUAAUGUCUGUUACCAGUCGCUUUGCAACUUCUCUUACUCUGUUCAUUGCUCGAGGAACCAUAUCGGGAAUAUUCCAAGCUAUUUAUGUCUAUACCCCGGAAAUAUAUCCAGCUGGCUUGAGAUCGGUUGGUGUUUCCGGUUGUUCCGUUUUGGCCAGGCUCGGGGCCAUGUUGACACCUUUUGUGGCCCAAGUAUUGAUGGAUACUUCCAAAAUUCAGGCAAUAUCCACCUACGCCCUGGUGGGGCUUUUCGCAUCGGUGGCUUGCAUUUUCCUUCCCAGGGAAAAUGUUGGCUAUCAUAUAUAA